AUGGCAGCUUUUUCAAAAAAGAAUUCUUUUUCAAGAGAGGCCUUUUCUGGCACCUUAGCAGGAUGCGCUGAAGUUGUCGUUGGGUUUCCGUUUGAUACUAUCAAGGUUCGACUUCAAACUGAUUCUCAAAAAUAUAAGACAGCAAUAAACUGUCUAAAAAUGACAAUUAGACAGGAGACUGCUCUAGGUUUAUACAAAGGCUCUUCUUCUCCUAUGUUGGGAAGCGGAAUAUCCAAUGCCGUUUUAUUCAGUACAAAUCAAAAAUUCCGUAACAUGCUCAAAGGUGAUGAUCCAACACGUUCUUUGACAUUAAUCGAGGUUGCAAAAGCUGGCGCAUUAACAGGCAUAGCCAUGUCGUUUGUAAAUUGUCCGAUGGAGCUUCUUAAGGUGAAGCUACAAACACAAUAUGAUCUAUCGGCCAAAAGCAAAAAAUAUACGAGCGUAUUUCACGCAGCCAGCUCAAUUUAUAAACAAAAUAAUAUUAAAGGAUUGUAUCGUGGUCUCACAGCAACUAUAAUUAGGGAUAUACCUGUUGUUUAUGAAGGAGUCAAAAAAUUAUUAAGUAAUCGUAAUCAUCGAGGUGACUCCAACAAAAUUACAUGUUUAGAACUACUAGCGGCGGGAGGCGCGGCUGGUAUUGCAUGUUGGAUACCUUGUUAUCCACAGGAUGUGAUCAAAACUCAUAUACAAAGAGAAUCAAGUUACACGUCAACUUUACAUUGCAUUCGAACUUUAAUUCGAGAUGCCACAAAUUCAAAUAAACCAAUAUUUAAAGUAUUCACCAAAGGGUUCGCACCUACUGUGACCAGAGCAUUACCUGCUAAUGCUGCAAUAUUCUUUACCUAUGAAGAAGCAAAAAAAUUUUUCCAUGAAAAAGAAAGUUCAUACCAUUGA